AUGGGUUCGGCGGCCGCUCUAUUUGCUCAGGCACUCGCGCUCUUCAUGGUCUUCAUGGCUGCAGCUGGCGGUCAGCUCGGAUUUGGUGGCGGAUUCGGCGGUGGACUCGGUGGAGCCUACGGCCCAUCUUUGGCCGCCACAUUCGCACGUCAGGAACAGUAUUAUCCACCGCAACCGUACAGCUUUGGCUACGACAACCAAGACCAGUACGGCACUAAGUCUUACCACAAGGAACAGGGUGACGCUUCUAACUCCAAGACCGGCACGUACGGGUAUUCGGAUGCCAACGGCAUCUAUCGCCAGGUGAAGUACGUCGCCGACGCUGGUGGAUUCCGCGCAAAGGUCGACACCAACGAGCCCGGAACUGCCCCUGGUGCCACUGGGGAUGCCCAGUACAACGCCAACCCCCUCCCUGCUGGCCGGCAGUACCGUAUCAUCGGUGGAUCUUCGCCCUUCUCCGCGCCCUACACGAGCGCAUCCACCUAUGGAGGCUUCGGUUAUGGUGGUUCCUGGUCUGGAUAAGCGAUUGCUGACAUAGGGUACACUUUGUUGAAUAACUUCUGCGGCUUCUGACCCUGUUCUUUAGUCAAUUGAACAGCCAAGCAAGUCGUUGAAGAACUUGAGCCUUU